AGUAAAACAAGACGGCAGCGAAUCAUCUUCUCCCAGGUAACUUCCGUUCCUUCGUGUGUUGUACUUCCUGAUUAGUAAGGAACAUCAUAUGCACUUAAAAAGCACGUUUUAAAAGCAGAGUUUUGGCGUUAGAAGCUCAGUCGUACGCGGUCACGUUUGAACCAGUUAGCAGGACGUUUAGCUCGGUAGUUGUCAUGGAAACUCUCACUAAUUACUGAAUGCAUCCAGCUAGCUAGCUAGCAGCCUGAAAGUAUACACUUUUGAGGGGUUUAUACCUCUGCUGCUGGCCCCAAACAUGAGGAGAAUAUCCAGGAAGAAAGCUCUGACUCUGGUGAAGGAAUUGGAUGCUUUCCCCAAAGUGCCUGAGAGCUACGUGGAGACCACAGCCAGCGGAGGGACAGUCUCUCUGGUAGCUUUCUCCCUCAUGGCGGUCCUCGCCUUCCUGGAGUUCUUUGUGUACAGAAACACAUGGAUGAACUAUGAAUACGAGGUAGACAAAGACUUCACCAGCAAACUCAGGAUAAAUGUGGACAUCACAGUAGCCAUGAGAUGUCAGUACAUAGGAGCAGAUGUCCUGGAUCUGGCAGAGACUAUGAUUGCUUCAGACGGUUUAAAAUAUGAACCAGUCAAGUUUGAACUCCCACCAGAGCAAAAACUGUGGCAAAUGACCCUCCUGCACAUCCAGGAGCGUCUCAGAGUGGAGCACUCUCUGCAGAACGUUCUCUUCAAGUCUGCAGUGAAAGGACCUGUUCCUGCUCCGAGUCAAAGUGAUGAUGGCUCCAGUUCACCCAGUGCCUGCAGGAUACAUGGACACAUGUAUGUCAACAAAGUGGCAGGGAAUUUCCACAUCACUAUCGGCAAGUCCAUACCUCACCCCAGAGGCCACGCCCAUCUAGCUGCACUUGUCAGCCACGACUCUUACAACUUCUCUCACCGAAUUGACCACUUGUCUUUUGGAGAAGAGAUCCCUGGACUGAUCAACCCUCUGGACGGCACAGAAAAGAUCACUGCUGAUGCAAACCACAUGUUUCAGUACUUCAUCACCAUUGUGCCAACCAAGCUGAACACCUACAAAGUGUCUGCAGAAACACAUCAGUACUCGGUCACAGAGCGGGAGCGCGUUAUAAACCACGCUGCAGGCAGCCAUGGAGUCUCAGGGAUCUUCAUGAAAUAUGACAUAAGUUCACUGAUGGUCAGAGUCACCGAGCAGCACAUGCCUCUCUGGCAGUUUCUCGUCAGACUUUGCGGCAUCGUUGGAGGCAUCUUUUCCACAACAGGCAUGAUCCACGGCAUGGUGGGAUACGUGGUCGAUGUGGUUUGCUGUCGUUUCCAAAUGGGGGUCUACAAACGGAUGGAUGCUCCUCCAAGCAAACAAGGAGACGGUCAGCUUGUACUUCCUACAGAAAGUUACUCUGAGGAGUGAUGGGAAAACUUUUCUUCUGAGCCAGGAGCAACAAGAUGCUGCGUUUACGUGGGUCACUUAGAGUUUUUUAAACUUGGCCGUGUUUGUAAUUUCCUUCUUUGUAGGACUUUUUCAGAUAUGACUGAUCUCGCUCUUGUAAAGGAUUGUAAUUGGUACCGUGAACAAGUAACCAGAAGCUGAAGUUUUCAAUAGACAACAUGUGUAGGCCCAGUUUCUGUAAAGCCUUUUUUUUUUACCAGAACAAUUUUCUGAUUUUUGAACAGUUAUGAUGUUGAAACCCUGUAUGGGUGUACUGUGCCUUUAAAGGGGAAUAUUAUAGGAUAUUGCUUGUGUUAUGGGUGAAUUAUAAUUAUUGAAUUUCAAACUGAUGUUUGUGAUGCUUUGUCUUGGUUGAAAACUGAAUCACGUUUGAAGAAUUUAUUUAUUUGUGUUAACAUUGGAGAUUGUAAAGGAUUUGAAAUGUCUUUGUUUUUUUCCCCACUACAUCCCAAAGUCAGGAAUUAGGUCUGCGUUGUCAGUUUCUAAUCAUUCCAUAUUUGUUUCUUUUACCUGGGUACAAAUUUGAUUCAGUGAAAUGAAUUAUGUGAAACCUCAAAACUUUACGAUAAAGGUUUAUGAGUCAUCCUUUCUCAUA